CUUGAGUGCCAUUAUUUUAUUUUCUUGGUCAAAUAUAGUAUGAUGCUACUGCUUUCUCAUAAAGUAAAAUCACUUUAUGCUCUAUAGGGCCAAAUGUUUUGUCCAAUGUGAUGCGUUUCACUAUUCUUUGCUCCACAAGAUAGACAAAGAGAGUAUAUUGUAGCUUCAAUCAAUGGAAUUAAGGAGCUUUAGCCAUUUGCAUUUUAUUCAGGUAAUUAAGAGGGGUACGGUGGAGAAAAUCCUUAACAGAGAUUGUCAUGGAAGACCGACAUUUAGGUUCAAAACAAUAAAGGCUAUAUAUGAAUCCGAAAAUGCCAAAAAUCUAGGUUCCUGCACAACACUUCAGCAGCAAGGAGGGGGGUUGAUGGGUUUGCCACUUGGUUGUGGUGGGAUAAAGGUUGACAGCCCAGUUCUUCUCAUGGACGGCAGAAAAAUCAAAAGUGACCCUGAACUUUGUGACUUAUAUGAGGAUGUUUGUGAUAACAAAAGAAAUGGUAACAUGGGUGACUUCAGCUUCAGUGAGAUGACAUUAAAGCAGCUUAAGGAGAGCUGCAAAAAAAAGAAGAGGAAACUUCCAAAAUUUGUUGACGUGAAAAAAGAACCAUGCUCCCAUCUAAACGAAGAUUAUACUAAGUUGCAACAGAAGGAAGAUGAAUCCGACCUAGAGGAAACUCUCAGCAAUUGGAAAUUAAAACUGUGGAACAAACCAAAGGCCAAACGGAAGCGUAUCAGGAAAGAUGUGCAUUCACUUUCUAAAUUUGCAGUUUCAGUUUCUGAGCCAACUCCAAGAGUCCCUCAAGAUUCAUCUCAAAGUACAGGGGGUCUAAAUGGACCCAUUAAAACUGAGAUUGAGAUUUCAGAACUUGGUUUUUCAGAUUGCCAUGAUUUGGAUGGUCUUACCUUUGGUGCUACCCCCAAUACCCAUUUUACAGUGGAUGCUAGUGCAAAUGUAUCUGAUGAAGUGGCAGGGAUUUCUAACAGAAGUGAGUUGGCUAUUGGGGAGUCAACUUCUCUCACUACAGAAUCUCCAAAUUGUGUUGUUGCAGAAGUUUUAAUUGAACAUUUGGAGCACGAUAAUUCUCUCUCUCAUCCUGCGAGUGCUGUAGUGGGGGAAGUAAUGGAAGACAGUUUUUCAGAGGUGGUCAGUCAAGAUAAUCUUUCUUCCUCUGUUUCCGAAUUUGAUGCAAAUGUUAGAUUUAUUCAGUCAACUCCUAGUGCAAGCCCCAUUGAGGCACUGUGCAUCACCAACAAGCCAGCUCAUGAGAAGUUUAGCUGUGAAAGCUAUUCAUUUAUGCAGUGGACAUCAUGUGAAAUAGAUAGCAGUUCUGUGAUUCACAUGCCUCAUAAGUUGAAUGGUGAGAACAUAUAUGAUGGUGGAUAUAUGUUUAGUAUGGAAUCUGAAGGUGGCAGCAAAGAGGAUACCCUUCCUGAUCCUGAAAAAGAUGUUAUAAGAAAGUCUGACAUCUUAUAUUUGUCAUUUCAAAAUUCUCAUCCAUGCUCUGAUUUUAGUUCUGUUGAUUGUACUUCACCUACAAUUGAGGAGCAGAAUCACUCAUCUUUGUCAACGGAGGGACUAGUGUCUGCUAGCGUGGAUAUGGAAAGUGAGGGUGACAUCAAGGAGGAUAACCCUCCUAAUCCCAAAACCAGUGUUACGAACAACCCUGACAUCUCAUCUCAGAAUUUUCAUACAUGCUUGAAUCUUCCUAAUAAUUUGAAGGAUUUUAAUUCUGCAACUGAUGUGAAACACUCAUUUCCCACAAAAGAGGGACCAGUGUCUAAUAUUGCUAGGGUAAGAGACUGCUUUGUGGGGACUAAUCCAUCUGAUGAUACUGAAAGCUGUACAGCCAAUGAAGUGCUUAAGAAUUUCAAUGCUUUGAAGCUGGAAAGUCCUCCAAAAAGGCUUUUCGUAGCCAGAAAGGUCAUUUCUCCAACUUCUCAGGAAAAGCUGCGUCAAACUGUGGAUGCUGAUUACUCAAAUGAUGAUAUAGGUCUUUCCAAGUAUAGGGAGAGACCACGUUUUGGGGAACAAUCUAAGAUUGGAGCUUAUUCCACAAGAUCGGAUCUUGAGGGAGUUGAAGUCAAAGUGAAUCUUCAGAGGAUCAUCUUGAAACCGAAGAAUGAAAAGAGUAAACCUAACUUGUUGGUUCCUAAAGGAAUUCUCAAGUCUCCAAAUGUUUCCUGUGCAAUACCGCAUGCUGCAACUGAAAGCACUUAUGUGCACCCUCAUGCAGAGAGUGCUAUUGCAUUCUCUCAGCGCCAGAUGCAUGACAUUGAGUGUCUUGCAACGAAGCUUGUGAAAGAGUUGAAGUUCAUUAAGGACAUUGUCGAAGAUAAAUUGCACUCUGAAGUUUAUACAACUACAUCUUCGAAAUAUACUGUGGAUGAGACGAUAGUGGCUGUUCAGAAGGCUGGAGAAGUUGAAGAGAAUACAAGAAAGUGGCUCUCAAUGAUGGCGAAAGACUGCAGCCGUUUCUGUAAAAUUAUGAGAUCAUCUGGGAAGAAGGCUCCUGCUGCUCCAAAAUCUGGUUAUGGACUCCACAAGGACAGAAAGAAGAUAAUCUUUGCAGAUGAAGCUGGUGGGCCUCUCUGUCAUGUCAAGGUUUUCGAAGAUCAACUAGCUUCUCUCUCUGGCUCUGAAUGUGAAAAUGAGAAACGUCAAGCUACUAGAACUGAAAGAAAUGCUUGUUGUACAUUAGAGUGUUGAUAUUGGAAAUGCCAAUGUUAUGCUCGAAGAUAUGAAGCUCCAAAUCACUUUUGGGGCUGAGGAUCCAGCUGCUGAGUUUGAGGCCAUUUAAAAGCUCGUGAUAAGCCUAAGAGCUCUUAUCUUAUUAUUAGGUCUUUGGUGGUUCUUCCUGGCAUUCUUUUCUGCAAUGUAAUUUUAUUAAUUUUUAUUUUGAUCUGAGCUUAUUCUGUAACAUUUGUAGCCAGCUUGAUAAAGAAGUAUGGACCAAGAACCCCUU